AUGAGAUGAGGCCAGGCCAGGGAAGGGCCCAGACAAGCGUAGACUCCCAACCCACACAAGGAAGAAUGCAUGCCACGCGCACGCACCGCCACACCCAUCUUCCCUCGCACCUUCCCUUUCGCCCCCGCCCAGCCUACCUCUUCUCUUUAAGAACAGCGAGCUCACUCCCUGGCCCUGCCCCCUCGACACCAGCCUCCACCUCGUCGAUCUCGUCCUCACACUCUCACGGCCUCGCCUCAGCUUCCUCUCCGGCUGCUCAUUAUUAGGUCCGCGCAAGAUCAGAUCGAACAACGAUGGUCAAGAAGCUCGCGCUCACCUCCCUCUUCUUCAACACCAGCGAGACGACAAGGCAGCAGCGGCAGUGCCUUUCCUCUUCCACCUCCAUGUCCGCCGCCUCCUUCAGCACGGCGGCGUCGUGGCAGUGGCCGUCCUGCACGCAGGCAAAGACGCGCUCCUUCCGCCGCGACAGCCCGGAGAUCGUGUCCAUGCGACAGCAGGACAGCAACAGGCACGAGGGGGAGUACAAGGCGACCAUGAACCCGGCCUACGCCCUCGACUACCCGGCCGCCGCCGACUCUAGUUACUCCGACGACAGCCUCUCCGAUGACUCCUUCGCGACCCUCUCCACGGCGCUGGGGCCGGUGAAACCAGCAGCCGUCGCGGACGAUGAGGACGAGCUCAUCAUCCACGGCCUCCGGUCCAACAGCAGGCUCUUCUUCGAGCCCGAGUCCACGAGCUCCAUCGUGAACUUGAAGAAGCAACGGGGCCGGGGGGCGGCCACCGCGGCGGCCUCGUUCGACGGGGCCACGGCGCUGGCCAUCGAGUCCGCCGACCCGUACGGCGACUUCCGGCGGUCCAUGGAGGAGAUGGUGCGGAGCCACGGCGUCAACGACUGGGGCUCGCUGGAGGAGAUGCUGGGAUGGUACCUCAGGGCCAACGGCAAGAAGACGCACGGCCUCAUCGUGGGCGCCUUCGUGGACCUGCUCGUGGCGCUCGCCUCCUCCUCGGCUCCCUCCCCUGCCCGUGGCUCCUCCAGCUUCAGGCUGCAGACUGCGGAGUCAUAUUCAUCAGCAGCCUGCAAACAGAGGCAAACAGAGUGACGAGUGCAUCCGAUUUGGUUUGUGCCAUGACACCACGCCAAAUGGUGCUUGUUAAUUGAUGGUAUCAGUCUUAAUUGCAAGUUUGAUUGAUGAUUGAUCCUGCCCUGCGUGGUAGUAGUGCAGAUGUAGCUGUUGACUGCUGUAUGAUUGCAAGUGUGUAUAUUAGUAUAUUGCUAGCGGUUGAGAGAACUUAAAAUCCGAGAAUCUCUGAUCA